GUAAUAGGAAGUCCGAAGGCGGCAACCAACUAGGGGUUCGUUUUGCUUUUGUCUUUUUAUUUUUUAUUUCCAAAAGUCCUAGGGAAAAAAUGAACUUGAAGCAUUGUGGAACCCUUUGUUUUUAGAGAUUGUUUGUAAAAUCCUCUUAGGGCUUUUGGAAAGAAUAAUUUAUUGCUUUCAAAAAAAGAGAGAAUAAAAGCAUGGAUAUCCACUGAUUCGUGCCGAAACCGAAAAGCCCAAGAACAAGUGCGAUUCAAAACAAGCGCUUGGUUUUCCAAAGUCGUUAGAUGGGGAAAAUUCUUUCAUAACCGAUGAGCCAGUUCUUAUUUUAUUUCUUUCAAAAAUGGAUGCUCUGGAAGAAGGUAGCAUGCUUGUGAUGCUGGUUUCCAUUGGUCCGAUCAAACUGGUUUGAUCUAUCAGUUCCAUGUCACCAAGCUGGUGUUGGGAUUUGUUCAUACGUUGGUUGCUUCAUUACCAAUCAGUGCAUAUUAAGCGGUGGAAUGCCUGCAUCGAGCAACGUAGGUAAAGUACAUAUUAAGAGGUGGACCUCUUCGUGCCGCCGCUGCUGUUCACCGCCCUGGGAGUCCGGGCGGCGGGAGAGCGGCGAGGAGGCGAUCGGGUGAUGGAGAUUUCUGACCGUUGAUUCGUGCUGGUGAUGUGACGAGGGCUCCCCGAGAAAUUUUUGUAUCAUUUGGGCUGGAUUUUGGGCUUUGUUCUUGUAGUAGGUGUAAUGGCCGUUGGAAUGCUGCUGCGUCUAAUUUUAGCUUGAUAUUCCAGCUUCACUGGGAGCCUUAUGCAGGACUUUGUUGGCUCGAUUCACAAGUUAAGACCAAUGAACAGAACCCCGGGCUAAACAGAGGCCAAGUCUUUACCUAGCCCUAGCCUGGCCAUGCUCUAAAGGGGGUCUACAUUCUUUAUUCUUUCUCAAUCUUGCUGAUCGAAAUAGCUUAUUUGAACUUCCAGCUGCAGGAGGGAGAACUUGUUUAUUUAUGAUGUUGGGUGCACAAGAUUAGAGGGGAGAACUUAAGCAUGUAUAUUGACCGGAUAUUUCACGGACCAACUUGCUCAUGCAAUGAAAUCAUUUGAGAGCAAAAGAAAGCAGAGGCACAGCAAUGCGUCAGCCUAUUAAUUGCAAGCAGACGCAUUUUGCUUUGUAGAUUAAGCACCACCCGUCAACAUUCUUUUCGUUCUCCCGCGCUCGGCUCGUCCGAACGUAAACCACGUUUGCUCCUAAACCCGUCAUCAGGCGGCCAUCAGCUGCAUUCUCUCCACCACCCUCCGUCCCGAGGGGCCGACCCAAGCGAAACCGGUCCCGCUCCCUCUGGCUGAGAAGAAACGCCUGCUUCUUUUCCGCGUCGGCGAGAUCCCAGAUAUAAGCUAACCACCCGUCCAUCCAACCCUCCGAGAAAUGGGGAACCAAGCAGAGGCCGCCCGCUCCACCCUCCGCAGGAUUCCCCUCGCCUCCAUCCAAAACGAGCCCAUCGGAUCUCUCCAUUCAGCGGCCACGGCCUUGCGGCGGCUCCGCGAGCUCCAGUCCCAGGCGGGGAGCAAAACGUGCGUGGACUGCGCGCAGAAGAACCCGCAGUGGGCAUCCGUCUCCUACGGCGUCUUCAUGUGCCUCGAGUGCUCCGGCAAGCACCGCGGCCUCGGCGUCCAUAUCAGCUUCGUCCGCUCCGUCACCAUGGACUCCUGGUCCGAGAUCCAGCUCAAGAAGAUGGAGGCAGGCGGCAACGACCGCCUCAACGCCUUCCUUGCCCAGUACGGUGUCCCCAAGGACACCGACAUUGUUGCCAAGUACAACACCAAGGCCGCCGCCGUCUACCGCGAUCGCAUCCAGGCCCUCGCCGAGGGCCGCCCCUGGCAGGACCCCCCUGUCGUCAAAGAAACGCUCUCCCUCUCCCCCGCCGGCGGGGCCGCCGGGGCCAGAAAACCACCGCUGGGGCAGACCGGCGUCUCGGUGAACAAUGGGGGCUGGGAUAGCUGGGGCAAUGACGACUUCCGGUCGUCCUCCGAUAUCAGGCGGCACCAAUCGGUCGGCGAUCUCACGGGUGGCGGCGCUAGAGGAGGGAGAGAGGCUCCGUCGAGGUCUAGGUCCACGGAGAAUAUGUACACGAGGUCGCAGCUGGAGGAGUCGGCGGCGAACAAGGAUAGCUUCUUCGCGUGGAAGAUUGCGGAGAAUAAGGCUCGGCCCGAGGGGAUCCCGCCGUCCCAGGGAGGGAAGUAUGUCGGGUUCGGGUCGACCCUACCGCCACGGAGCAAUUCCCAGGGGGACAUGUUCUCCGUUGUUUCUCAGGGUCUUGGUCGACUCUCUGUAGCUGCAGCUUCUGCUGCAGAGUCUGCUGCUAAUGUCGUCCAAGCUGGCACAAAGGAGCUGUCUUCCAAGGUGCGAGAGGGGGGCUAUGAUUAUGGGGUAAAUGAAACGGUGAACGUUGUUGCGACGAAAACUACUGAAAUUGGACAGAGAACAUGGGGAAUUAUGAAAGAAGUCAUGGCAAUGGCCACACAGAAGGUUGAGGAAUAUACUAAAGAAGGUAUGAGCUGGAAUGGGGAUGACUGGCAACGAAAUGAGAAUGAGAGAAACGGCUACUACAAAGAGUUUGGACGGGAGAAAUCUUGGCAGGAUUGGGAAUCUCCUAGAGGUCAUUCUUCAGGCAGAGGCUCCUGGGAUGACUGGGAUGUAAACGACAACAAGGAAGAGCAUGGGAAGGGGGCCCGAAGAGGAGAGGGCUGGGCUGGGUGGGACGAUGCGAAAGAUGAUGGUUUUGAGAAUUUUCACCACAACUCAUCAAACAAGGCUAGUGAUCAGAAUGUAAAAACGACUUCUUCUACAUGGACAGAUGGUGGCUUUGCCUAAUGAAAGGUUCGUUUCGAGUUUCUUUUAUGCUGGUAUAUUAUUUAUUACAAACAGAAAGAAGAGUCAAGUAUACCUCUUUGGCAAACAAUUAUCUGGAGAUUUUCUGGGGGCUUCUUUUUCGUGUUUGUAACAGAAAAUUAUUUAAUUAUGUUCCAGUUUUCCAUAUAUGUAUUUUUUGGUAAAGUGAAAAUUGUUUUCAUGAAAA